GGCAGUAAAGCCGUCAUGGCAGACCUGGGCUGCAAAAAACCCAGCGACUGCACUGUCUCCAGGCUACUCAGCGUAGUGGAGAGCGAACUCCGGGCUGGGAGAGACAAAGGCGACCCCACUGAGAAACAGCUCCAAGUUGUCUUAGAGGAUGCGACGCUCUGGCAGAGAUUCAGGGAAGUCACUAAUGAGAUGAUCGUGACCAAGAACGGCAGGCGGAUGUUCCCUGUUUUGAAGAUCAGCGUGUCAGGCUUGGACCCAAACGCCAUGUAUUCCUUCCUGUUGGACUUCGCCCCGACUGAUGGCCACCGCUGGAAAUACGUCAAUGGAGAAUGGGUGCCGGCUGGGAAACCAGAGCCGCCAAACCACAGCUGCGUCUACAUCCACCCAGACUCUCCCAACUUUGGGGCCCAUUGGAUGAAAGCUGCCAUUUCCUUCAGCAAAGUCAAACUUACCAACAAGCUCAAUGGGAGUGGGCAGAUAAUGUUGAACUCCCUGCAUAAAUAUGAGCCCCAGGUACAUAUAGUUCGCGUAGGAGGCCCCCACCGGAUGGUGAUGAACUGCUCCUUCCCUGAGACGCAGUUCAUAGCUGUGACUGCCUAUCAAAAUGAAGAGAUAACAGCUCUCAAAAUCAAGUAUAAUCCCUUUGCCAAAGCCUUCCUGGAUGCGAAAGAAAGAAACCAUCCCAGGGAUGCUCCAGAAACAGUCUCUGAAGGUCAACAUAUGACAUAUUCCCACUUGGGUGGCUGGUUGAUUUCCAAUGCAGAUACGAUGUGUGCAUCAGGAAGCUCUAAUUAUCAGUACACUGGACCUUUGCCUCUGCCAGCUCCACACACUCCCCACAGCUGUGAGCGAUACUCAGCACUGCGAGGGCAUCGGGCUGCUCCGUACCCACCUUCCUACAUGCAGACAAAUCAUUCACCUACAGUUAAUUUGUUGGAGAGUUCCAGCAAUAACCUUCAGGUAUUCUCAGGACAUGACAGCUGGACUUUGCCAUCCUCUCCACAUGCUAAUUUGCUCUCAGUGCCACACACGAAGGGAGCUGCCAGCCCUGCACCCAGCCACUACCCUUGCCUGUGGACAGUGAGCAACAGCGCUGUAAAUGUUGCCAACCCAGGAAGCGAGGUCAACAGCAGCCCUUCAAGCAUGUUUCUAAGGGGUAAUGUCCCCUUAUCCACUGCAUCAUCAGUCCAAAUCCCUCUGCAGGGAAUGGUGUCUGGCAGCAUGGAAACGCAAGGGGAAACUGCUCUAGCCAGACUAGCCGACUCUGCGUGGACAUCCUCACACUCCUUUUAA